UCUCUCCUUGUUGGUAAACCACUUUAGGUUACCAAAGCCUUCUAAAAAUGUCUCCCACUGUACAAUCCAAUCCAACUCCGACGCCAUUUUAUUCCGCCAUUGCACCACCUCUAAUCCUCGUCUCCGCCUUCUAAUUUGCCGAUUCUCAAUUCCUCCUCCUCCGCCGGCGGCCGCCAUGAGAAGGUCUCCCUCUGUUUCUACUUCCUCCUCCUCCUCCUCCUCCUGCGUCGGCGGCGGCGGCUUCGACAGCAAUAAUCUCAAUCUCGCCGCCCCUCCGCGCCGGCCGCAAUCGGAGAAGACCGGAGCGAAACGCCGGAAGCGGAAUCAGGACGACGCCAAAUGCGAGAUUGAGAAUCGUAACGGUAAUAACAACAACAGCAGCAACAACAAUGCCUCUUCCGGCCGCCGGAGCUCCAUUUACAGAGGAGUCACUAGGCACCGAUGGACCGGCCGGUUCGAAGCGCAUCUCUGGGACAAGAGUUCGUGGAAUAGCAUUCAGAACAAAAAAGGAAGGCAAGUUUAUUUGGGAGCAUACGAUAACGAGGAAGCUGCCGCCCGAACUUAUGACCUCGCUGCCCUCAAGUACUGGGGUCCCGGAACCACCCUCAAUUUCCCGGUAGAGUCGUACAGGAAUGAAAUAGAAGAAAUGCGGAAAGUUACGAAGGAGGAGUAUUUGGCGUCGUUACGGCGGCGGAGCAGCGGAUUUUCGAGAGGCGUAUCGAAGUACCGCGGCGUGGCCCGCCACCACCACAACGGCCGGUGGGAGGCGCGGAUCGGCCGUGUUUUCGGAAGCAAAUAUCUUUACCUGGGAACUUACAACACACAAGAGGAAGCAGCAGCAGCAUAUGACAUGGCUGCAAUUGAGUACAGAGGGGUCAAUGCAGUGACCAAUUUCGACAUCAGCAAUUACAUUGGGCGGCUGGAGAAUAAAUCAUCAGUUUUUCCAGCAGCAGAGCAGCCCCUACAGCCCAACUGCUCCCCUGCUUCCUCUUCUGAGGAAGGCGAAGUAGUACAGCAGCAACAGCAACAGACGACGAUGGCGUUCUCAGGCUCGCCCCUCCAGUUCCCGUCGAUGGAGAACAGCCCGACGACAAUGGAGGAGGAUCAUGAUCUGCAUUGGUCAUUCCUAGACACGGGGUUCGUGCAGGUCCCCGACCUCCCCCUCGAGAAGUCUGGCGAAUUGCCUGACCUGUUCUUUGAUGAGAUCGGGUUCGAGGACGACAUCGGGUUGAUAUUCGAGGCGAGCUUGGAAGACGAGAGGUGCGGGGAGGGGGGUGAGAAGUUAGAAGAUGUGGGGAAAAUGGAGAUGAUGAAGAGUGAUCAUGAGGAGAGGGGGUUGUUCUCGACUACUUCGCCAUCUUCGUCGUCGAUAACCACCUCGGUUUCGUGUGAAUUUAGGGUUUGAAAAAAGGGUGGCUUUAGGAGAUGAAGUUUGGUGAAGAGUGGAUGAGAAAAAAGAUCAAUUCCAGAAGAAUAUGAUCAUGGUUUCUGGGUCUGUGGUUUAGUCUUUGGUUUUCAGUUUGGUUUAAGGAAAAAGAGAGAGAAUUAGCUGAGGUGUUUUCUUUUUUCUUUCUUUUUUUGGGUUUUAAAUUUGUUUUUAAAUUAUCCAGAAAUAACCUUUUUAUUUUCUCAAUGGUUUUUGGUUCAAGGAAAAAGCCAACUAACGUACCUAAAAAACAUAUCUAACUUGUUC